AUGUACAAGUUAAGAUCUAGAUUUCUCUUGCUUUUGUUCCUUUUUUUGGGAAUAUCGAACAUUUUGAUAAUAAUUAAUUAUCAAUAUGCCACGAAAUCCAGCAAAUAUUUUGUCGAUAGCAAGGAUCAAAACCAGGAGCUUCUGCUCGUUAAUUGGAAAGGAUUGCAAAUCGAAAUUGACACAACUUUCCAGAAAUUUAAAGAGAUUAGAGAAAGGGAGGGAAAAGCUUUUAAACAAGCUGCACUGUACGGAAAGAAAUUGACCCUUAAAGUGAACAUAAGUGAUGAACAUGGACAAGUAAACUCGACUUCUUCUUCGCCUGAUUGUAAUCCGGCUCCAUUUCUUUUAAUACAAAUCCAUUCCAGUCCGGCAAACGUCAUGGAAAGACAAGCCAUUCGAAUGUCCUGGGGACGACCGGAAAACAGGAUCAACAAAGCUAAUGGUUGGAAGCAAGUCGGCAUGUCUGGGUAAGAAAUUAAUUCAUAGAACCUGCAGUGACAUUUUUGUUGAAUUAACCGACCGGUUGUUUAUGUUGUAGACACUUAAAAUACAACAGGGAGGUCCCCACUCAGGCGCGGAUCUAGGAUAAAUACUGACCGUUUUCCUACACGAGAUCUAGGGGGGGGGUCCGGGGGCAUGCAACCCCUGAAAUUUUUAGAUUUCUACUCCCUAAAGUCACCUUUCCUGUGUUUCUGAGUCAUCCAGUCUGGAUAUUGGCCAGAUUUUAACUUGGAAAGUUUUUUUCAUGAAAAAUUUACUUCUUUAUGGAAACUCUGACCGAUUUUCGUAAAACGAUGGAAACCGGUGUGGAUCCGCGCCUGCCACUCGUUGAGUAGCAGGAGCAGCCUGUAUAUACGAGCAUAUGUUCCUUGACGAGCAUAUACUUUGAACACGUUUCGACGAUUUUUUCUCUGUCUGCACUGGAGAUUAGCCAAUGUAUACUAUAGAGAAAAAAAGUAACUGCUCAUUUAAAUAAAGAGAAAAAAAUUGAUAUAGGUACCUUCACCCGUUUGACAGAAAUUUACCUCUCUGAGGACCUCCAGCCUUAAGGCAAAGGCCGCCAUGUUUUAAUGUGCGCCCUAUAUAUGCGUAUGGAUAUGCAAUGCAAUACCGAGGAAUACACUAACUAACAUCUGUAAGUAACAGUUACAGAGCAUUUUCCUUUCUAGAGCAGAGAUUUGCUCUGAUCAUUAAACAACUUAAACAAAGGGAUUUAUAGUUAUAGUGAAGUGAAAUGGUUAGACCAGUCUAAUACUAAAAGUACUCUAAUUUCGAGAACGCAAGAACAAAAUUUUAAGAGGGGUCCAUAUGGCAGACUUGAUAUUGAAAGCAGGGCUUGCCGGAAAAUCUCGGCAACAACUGAUAAUUAAUACGACCGGGUCGAAAUCGAAUCAGAAAUAUUAAGGCCAGUUACGUAAUACCACACAAAAGCGUGCGGUAGAUUUGGUCACAUUUAGUGGUACAGUUUUACAAUUAACAUGGUGCAAAGCGACUCGCUCCGCAUGUUAACAAAUAUACGGUACAAUUCUCUCAACUUAAAGGUUUCUUCAGUAAAACUUCAUAACCUUCUAAAUCACAAGAUAUUCUGCAAGAGCUUUCAUCAGGUGUCUACUGUUCAAGAUUUUAAUCCACUCAGAUAGAAAUAAUUUCCCUACAACAACAAAAAUCAUUCAACUCUUUCUAAGGGUUAGACGACUUUGGGGAUGGCCCUGUGUUUCCGUCUUAGAGAGAUGUUCAUCUUAUAAAGAGUCAACUCUCUGUGUUAUAGAGAUUCAACUAAAGCAAAAAACGAAAGGUAAGAACCAACACAAGGUCUCCUUUUUAGGGAGGUGUCUGUCUGAUAAAGGUGUCAGUCAAAAAAGAGUUGACGAUAGCCGUUUUUUUUUUGGUGUGUUUCAACUCCAGUGAGCAGUGCUCGUCGUCAACUCUAGUGCAAGCCGACAGAAUUUUUUUAAACGAGAAUCUUACCUCGUACAGGAAAAAAAUAAUGAAUCGGGCAAACGAGAUGCGGAGAAAUGAUGAAUUGUUGAGUGUCUGGUCAAUGGAUGGAUCAAUAUAUGUCAAGACCUCUCCGCAGGGUAAGCCGGUCAGAAUUAACGAGCUGGAAGACUUAGAUUAUCUUUAAAUGUCCAAUCGGCCAAGGAAGACAAAAACUGUAACUUACAUUUGGGACAGGAACAAAAAACGCAAAGUUCGGAGAAGAAGAAGGGAAACGCUCAAAAACUACUUUAAUUUACGUUUUGUAUAAUUUUAGUUUUGUUUACUUCUGUAUUUUUUUUUUUUUUUUAAAUUUGCAUAUAUAUUCUUCUUGUUUUUUUGUUUUUGUUUUUUAUUGUAAUGCAAGAGAAAGCAAAAUACGAUAUACUUUCUCUAAACGUAAGGGGAAUGGGGGAAUAAGAGAUCAAACCAAACGGAGGAGCAUUUUUCUAUAUCUCAAAGAUUAUAACUCAAAAAUUUAUUUCUUGCAAGAAACUUACUCUCAACCAGAAGAUGAAAUUAUUUGGAAAAACGAAUGGGGAGGUGAAAUAUUUUUCUCUCACGGAUCCAGGCAUAGUAAAGGUGUUUGCAUUCUUUUACACCCUACGGUACAAAAUAAGAUCGAUUACUCAUUCAGUGACAAGGCUGGAAGAAUCGUGCUAAUUACUUGUGUUCUGAAUUCUCUAAAAUUAUCACUGGUGAAUAUUUAUGCCCCGAAUAGCCAAAGUGAACAAUUAGAUUUCUUACAAAACUUAAACAAUUGCCUUAUCGACAAGUCAGAAAUUUCCACGCUUAUUGUAGGAGGCGACUGGAAUUGCACACUAUCAAAGAUAGAUAAAAUUGGUGGCACAAUUUGAAACCAACAAAUUAUCGAAACCUGAUUUUGACAACUAUGGACGCUUUCGAUCUCGUAGAUAUUCAAAGAUUACGUCACCCGAGGCUACGUAAAUACUCUUAUGAAUCAAAAGUGUUAAAACUGAAAUCCAGAAUAGACUUUUUCCUAGUUGCCAAAAAUCUGACACAACAUGUGAAGAAAAGCGAAAUUUAUCCUUCUAUAGCACCGGAUCACCGAGCAAUUUACAUUUCUUUGUCUUGGACAACUGAAAAGUCUAGAGGACCCGGACUUUGGAAAUUCAACAACACGUUACUGAAAGAUGAACAUUAUGUGUCCAAAAUCCGUGAAACGUACUCCCGCACACGCGCUUUUUACUCCAAUUUGGCAGACGCACGCCUUCUUUGGGAAAUGUUAAAAAUGGAAACCAGAGCGGCAACCAUUGCUUAUAGUAAAAAGAAAGCAAAAGCGACCACUAAUAGAGAAUUGGAAAUUAGGAGACAGCUCGAAAUUCUGGACCGCAAUAUUUGCGACAACUUCAACUCUCCCAAUAUCGCGCACAUCCUAAAUGAAUAUGAAGAUCUCAAAAUGGAACUCCAAUCUAUUUAUGAGGAGAAAGGGAGGGCAGCUAUUUUUAGAUCGAAAUGUCGAUGGGUCGAAAAGGGCGAACGUCCAACAAAGUACUUUUUCAAUCUGGAGAAAAGAAACUACAACAGGAAAACCAUCACUGAACUGCGAACAGAAAGUGAAACAGUAACAAACAACGAGUCUCAGAUAUUAGAAGCUAUCGAAAACUAUUAUAGCGAAUUGUACGCAUCAGCAAAUAAUUCACAGGAAAAUAAUGUUGAUGAAUUCACCGAACAUUUAAAAAUUCCAAAACUAUCAGAUGCAGACAGAGAUAGAAUAGAAGGUCUAUUAUCUUAUGAAGAAUGCAAAAAAAGCUUUAGACACUUUUCAAAACAACAAAGCUCCAGGAGAAGAUGGUUUCACGGUUGAAUUUUAUAUGUUUUUUUUUCGAUCUGCUAGGACACGAUCUUGUUGCUAGUUUCAAUGCGGCCUAUGAUGCAAAUGAACUCACCAUUUCACAACGAAGAGGCGUUAUUACUUUAAUUCCCAAAGAAGAUGGCUCGCUACUAGAACUUUCAAACUGGAGACCGGUAACACUGCUAAAUGUUGAUUGCAAGAUAGCAACUAAGGCAAUAGCAAGGAGAAUAGAACCAUUAUUACCAAAUCUAGUGCACACUGAUCAAACCGGUUUUAUCAAAGGAAGAUAUAUCGGGGAAAAUAUUAGGCUAAUAAUCGACAUAAUGGAACAUACGAAGUCAGAAAGCAUACCUGGCAUUCUAGUAUCUCUAGAUUUUCGGAAAGCUUUUGAUUCUCUAGAAUGGUCGUUCAUGAUGAAAGCACUGGAUAUAUUCAAUUUCGGAACAAGUAUAAAAAGAUGGAUCAGUACAUUCUAUACAAAAAUUGAGAGCGCGGCGAUAAACAAUGGUUUCAUGACCAACUGGUUUAGACCGUCAAGAGGAGUGCGACAGGGGUGUCCCCUUUCUCCGUACUUAUUUGUGCUUUCCACGGAGAUAUUAUCCAACAAAAUCAGACAAGAACCAAGUAUAACAGGAAUCAAAAUAUUCGGGCACGAAAUCAAAUUGAGCCAAUUCGCAGACGACACAAACCUUUUCUGUGCAGAUUUGAUCUCCGUUGAAAAUGCUUUGAAAACGGUGAGAGAUUUUGGGAGGCUAGCGGGUCUCAAGUUAAACAUAAAGAAAUCGAAAGCAAUUUGGUUGGGAAAAUGGGAAAAAAACAGAAGUUAUCCUUUACAACUAAAAUGGUUACAUAGUCCGGCUCGCCUCUUAGGAAUUCAUGUCUCUUAUGAUGAGAAGGGUAACAAUGAAUUGAACUUUAAUCUGAAAAUACGAAAACUUCAAACAAAGCUGGAUAUGUGGAGAUCUAGAGACCUCACACUAUUUGGGAAGGUACUGAUAAUUAAGUCCCUAGGAUUGUCACAAUUAAUUUAUUCAGCUUCAAUUCUUAAUGUUCCCGAAGAUAUCGCAAGCACAGUGAAAACAAAGUUUUUUAGUUUCUUAUGGAAAAACAAAAGGGAUAAAAUUAAACGAACUGGGCUCUAUCAGGAUCUGGGAAGAGGCGGAAUACGUAUGGUAGACAUCGACAUAAUGUUGAAAGCUCUAAAACUAGCCUGGAUUCCAAGAUUACUGACUCCAGGGAACCAGAAUUGGAAAACAGUUCCUGAUUAUUACCUAAGAAAAUUCGGAGGUUUGAACUUUUUACUGAGAUGUAACUACGAUGCGAAAUACAUAAAAUCUAUUCCAUUGUUUUACCGAAAUAUUCUAGUAUACUUCAGUGAAUUAAAAACUCUGUACAGCUUUGAUCAAGCACAAAAUAUAAUUCUAUUCAACAACAAAGAAAUACUUGUUGACAGUAAAACCUUUUUUAUCAGGGAAUGGUUUAAAAAAGGUAUCCUGUCAAUACAAGAUCUCUUACACAAUACCGGUCAACUGAUGACCUAUCAGGAAUUUACGAAUAAGUAUUUCUGUAAAACUAACUUCCUUCAAUACUAUCAAGUUAUUAGCGCUAUCCCAAAGCACCUAUUAGCCAAAGCAAAAUCAACGAAGCCAAUUAAUAAAGAGUUAUAUUCUGGUAAUAAUCUUAGUCUACAAUUAAAUGAAUCGAUAACUCUAUAUCUGAACAAAAUCAAGACUAGCGACUUCUAUACGUUAUUAUGCACAAAAAUCCACACAACAGGUCAUUCUGGGCCACAGAGAUGGAGCAAAGAUCUUUCCUUGGAUGAAGAUAAAUGGGAAAAAAUAUUCACCUCCCUAAAAACCGUCUGUAGAGAGACCAAAUUAAAGGAAUUUCAAUAUAAAUUAAUCCACCGAAUUGUAGUCACCAAAAAGGAACUUUACCGCUAUGGAAUCAAGGAAGAUGAUGAAUGUAUAUAUUGUGGUGAAAAAGACUCUAUUAAUCAUACUUUUAGAGAUUGUCAUUUCGUCAAGAUUUUCAUUCAACGGGUUAUCAACUGGUUCAAUAUAGAAAACAAGAUCAAUCUCAACCCAUCUAGCGAAGAAAGACUGUUCGGCAUCCUCUCGGACUUACAUGAAAAGGUACUAGUAAGGAAAUUCAAUUAUACCAUGUUGUUUAUGAGAUACUACAUCUACGCCAACAAACUACACAACAAACCAAUUCUCCUCCAAGACUUCGUUGGUAAAAUGAUAAUUAAAUACAGAAUUGAAAAGCUAUAAAAUAGACAUGAAAAGUAACUCCUCUGACCUUUUUUUUUUUUUUUUUUUUUUUGUGUGUGUGUUUAUGUGGGGGCGUGUGUGUGUGUGAUGUACUAGAAUUGUAAGUAGUGUAACCAUUGUAAUUAUUAGUAGUACGAGCAUCGUAUGGAUGGUAUUGUCAGUAUAGCCAAUAUUGUAAAUAGUGCAAGUAUAGUGAAUAUUGUUAGUAGUAUUUAGUUUCAGUAGUGUUUAGUACUGUAAACAUUUAAUAUAUGUCUGUAAGGCAAAAUAAAUAAAAAAAUAAAAAAUAAAAAAUAAAAAAAAAACAAAAACAAAAAACUCCAGUGAGCAGAGCUGAACAUCAAGAUGAAGUCACUUUUGAUAUAAAGAGACUUACCUAUCCUUGAAAGUUACGUGAGAUAUCAAAAAACAAGUAAAAGAUUAUUUGAUAUAUUUCCCUGAAGGCCGGGUAUUUCAUUGACGUAAUCAUAUGGUUAUUGUUGGAUUUAAGGUUGUGGAAAACGGUGUUCCUCGUAGGCGAGACGGAAAACCCCAGGCUAGACAAAUUGCUCCAGCAAGAGGCCAAGAUCCACAAUGAUAUGGUAUUUGGAGAUUUUAUAGAUUCCUACAGAAACCUGACAAAGAAGAUGGCAUUGGGGAUUGAAUGGGCAGCCAAGCGCUGCCAGGCUCAGUAUGUAAUGAAAGCAGAUGAAGACUCCUUUAUUAACGUAUUUCAACUGACCCAGUUUCUCAUGGAAAGCAAGCAAACCACACCUCUGUAUAUGGGUGCCGCUUUUCUAGAUAGGGGGCCUUUCCGUGAGCCAGACGAUCCUUGGUACGUGUCAGAAGAGGAAUACCCUGAUUCCAAGUAUCCGCCCUAUGCAUCUGGACCAGGCUAUGUUUAUAGUGGUAGCCUUUUGACAAAGUUGUUCAGGGCUUUAAAAACCGUGCGAUUAUUUCCCAACGAAGACGCAUGCUUUGGCUACCUAAUGCAAUAUAUCAAAGUUAACCUGACGGAUAACGAAAGGUUUACGCCAUUUACGAUGGGAAACGCUGUUUACUCGGAGAACGACGGAUUUAGCUUGUGCAACUUUAAUGGUGCUCUAGUCAUUCACCGCAUUUCUGGGAAAUUGCAAAUUCAAACGCAUUUUAACGUCCUGGUCUUAAAACACGUUCCAACCAUAUGCGAACACAUUCACAAUGGGAUAGGCUAUACAGAAUAUAUGUGGAGCACAAAUUUGUUUUCCUUUCCAGGCGUCUCUGAUGAUAAAGACGGCGAGGACUAG